AAAGAAGGCAUCAGCGGUCAUGACAGUAAUGGUUUUAGAAACACAGGCUGGCCUGAAGGGGGCGCUCUGUUAUAUGCAUUUAUCCUCCCAAUCCACUUCCUGUUAAUGUCACUGUACAGGAACCUGCUGUAAUUCAGCUGCAUGUGCAGCAGGGGGCGCUGUUCCUAGACAAAACAUUUUAUUUUAGUCUGUGUAAAUUUUCUCAUGCUGACCACCAAACCCCAGGGUUCUGCUAGUGCGUGCCGACUGGUCGGUUAAUGAUUUAGGACAGGGCGUCCCCGCGAUGGUGCUUGUUUCCAAAUGAUAACAUCAUUAAUAUGUUAUCACUGAACUAUAGCCACCGACUCAAACCCUCCUAUUAAAAAAUAUACAGAAGACAAAAAUGUUUGCCCCGUGAAACUUAAUGUUUCAGCUCAUUUAGUCUGGAUGAACUCGAGAGCGCCCCCUGUGGAACAGAAACCAGUAAGAAGCUCUGUGUUUGUGAGUCUGUGAGGACUAGCGUUAGCCUCAAAUGGUCGUUAGAGGAACUGCAUCUUUUGGCGGGUCCACUUUUAGUCACUGCCAACCGCUAACCGUCAACCUCUUUAUUUCUGCAACCAUGACAACCUCUAGUUAGGGUCCUCGCUUCUCUGACCUGAGAACUGAGGUGAGCUUCAUGACAGCGACCAGUCAUAGAAAGGUGUUUUUUAAUCGGUUCAAAUGUGAACUUUGACCCCUCCCAGAUUUCAAAGGUUAACCCUCGCCUUGUUGUCCCGUCCCUGCAGGCGCAGCAGUGCGAGCAUGCUGACCUGAUCCAAAAUGUGCACCUCAACCAAUAGCAGCUCAGCGCUGGUGGGCGACUCCCCGGACUACGGGAUUUCCCCAGACGAGAUCCUGGACACCACGCAGGGGCGGGCCUUCUUCGUGGCCACCAUAGUCAUUGGCGUGGUGCUGGUGGGCAUCAUGCUGGUGUGCGGCGUGGGGAACUGCCUCUUCAUCACCAGCCUUGCCCGCUACAAGCAGCUCAGAAACCUGACCAACCUGCUCAUCGCCAACCUGGCCGUGUCGGAUGUGCUGGUGGCGGCGAUCUGCUGUCCCUUCCUGCUAGACUACUACGUGGUGAAGCAGCUGUCGUGGGAGCACGGCCUGCUGCUCUGCGCCUCCACCAACUACCUGCGCACCGUCUCGCUCUACGUGUCCACCAACGCUCUCCUGGCCAUCGCCGUGGACAGGUACAUGGCGAUCCUGCACCCGCUGAGGCCUCGUAUGGAGCACCAGACGGCGUGCUGCGUGAUCCUGACCAUCUGGCUCAUCCCCAUCUUCAUCUCCAUCCCGUCUGCCUACAUGGCCUCGGAGACGACGUACCCACACGUGGAUGGUUGCCCCGAUAAGACCUUCUGUGCUCAGAUCUGGCCCGUGGACCAGCAGAUUUACUACCGCUCUUACUUCCUCCUCGUCUUCGCUCUGGAGUUCGUGGGCCCCGUGUCUGUCAUGGCCGUGUGCUACACAUACAUCUCCAGAGAGCUGUGGUUUAAAAAUGUUCCAGGUUUUCAGACGGUACAGAUCCGCAAGAGACUGCAGAAGCGCAGGAGGACCGUGGUGGUGCUGAUUCUGGUCCUGGUGGCCUACAUCCUGUGCUGGGCGCCGUAUUAUGGCUUCACCCUGCUGCGAGACUUUUACCCCACCCUUAUCUCCACGGACAAGAACUCCCUGGUGGCCUUCUACAUCAUCGAGUGCAUCGCCAUGAGCAACGGGAUCAUCAACACCCUCUGCUUUGUGAGCGUCCGAAACAGCAGGAAGCAGCUGAAUAAGUCUGUCAAGUUCCCUCUGAGGCUGGUGAGCUUCGUGGCCACCAAGUGGCUGGAUGAAGCUGAGCUGCGGACAUCCUCCCUCCGGGUGACGGAGGAGAUGGAGGGUGGCCGGGUGAGGUAGAGCUCAAGCCUUUCAGGAGAGAUAGAAGGAUAAAAAUAAGAUCCAUCACAGGAACCAAGAACAUUUGGAGGAACUCAGGAACCAAACCUGCAGCUGCGCUUACUUCUUCUUCUAUGACAGCAGCAGGUCUCAGAAAGUCUCAAAGGACCAGGAACUGAUAGGAUAAAUGCUGGCUCGAACGCAGGAGCUGGAAGGUACAAACAUCCGGUAAACCGGCUGCACGCAGAGACUCAGAGCUGAAGUCAGGAACGAGGCUGCGAGGUGUUUGCUCAGCAGAACUGUGGCUGCUGUCGAGUGUUAGCGACGCUGUAUCGUCCACGGAGAGACUUUCUGAUCCCGUUUUUGUAGUUUCCAGCUGUUUGUAUCUAAUGUGGAUGAAAACCUUCAGUUAUUAUUUACAACACUGAGGCCAGAGACCUGUUUAAACUGGAUUGCAUUAUUAGGGGCGUGGCUUCUCUGACUGACAGAUGGCUGUAGCUGCUAGCUUCACCUGAACUGGACCUCUGCACCAUGUUUGUGAUGUUGGAGCCUUUAGGAGCAUUUUAAUGACAUCAUGUGACCAAUAACAUGGCUGCUGUGUGGGUAAUUGUGGGAAGUUGCUAACUAGCAUUAGCUACAAACUUAUCCAGAUAUGGUCACGUCUGACUGCCACCGUGGCAACAGCUACAAAGCUAAAAGUGAGGCUUCAGGAAGACGUGUCGACCACCCCUCACAGUGUUCAGGGGCCUCAGUUAAAGUGACGUAAUCAGAGUUUGGUGUGAGCGCCUUCUGCCCUCACACCAGCAGUUUGGAAGGAGUCUACCACAUCUCCUCCUGGCUCUUCUUCUUCUGUGGAUUUCAGCCUGACUCCCCGACAUGCUCCUGCUGUUCAAAAUAAAACUGUUAGUAAUGCAGCAAGCUCUGCGCGUGUGCACGAUUCUCCGCUCAUAUUCAUGUCAAAGAUGCAUUUUUAAGCUUGUAAUGAAGGAGGAGAGGUGAGAGCUGGAGCGGUGCGUGCUGGUGUUUGUGCAGCUUUCAGAGGCUGUUUUGUACCUCGGUGUGCUCUUUGCGUGGGCUCGUUUGAUCUUUAGACCAAACUUCGCCUCCUGAGGGCUCAUCAGUUCAGCCUCCGCCAUCGUUUCCACCCUCAUUAGUGCCGAUCAGCACACAGCGAAGACCCCGUCACACAGCUCUGUGAAGCCGGUCUCUUAUUUAUGUUCACGCAGCAGCUCCAGACGCACAGAAUCAAAGUCAGCCAGCGUCCUCUGUAGCAGCAUCGAGUGAGUUUAUACUGAAAUCAAUACUGCCUGUUCUUCCUCACAUCAGAGGGUUUCUGACCUUUCUUUGGUGUGUGUGUGCAGCGCUGUAUCACAGGUUUGAUCUGCAUAUUUGUAAUGCUGCUGUUGUAUAAUCUGCUUAGCAACGAUGAAAGCAAACCUGAAGAGAACAAUGACUCGUUACAGUCCCUCCCUGCUGAUUUGCAUUGUAUAUACUGUGUGCCCAUGUUAGGGUUCACUCACGUGGUUGUGAGUGGUUUAAUAUUCACUGCGUUGCAAAUAAAAAGCGCCUGAAAUGGACGAAGCAAACAGGUACAGCUCUGUGAAAACUAACUGCCUCUCUUCUUAAAUCACGAAUGACCUGGAGCUGAGUCCAGUUUCACUGCCAGGCCUGGUUUGAGUCCAGACUUUCAGCCAAUCAGAGGUGGAGGUGCUGGUUCCUGCAUGGUUCCCUGAGUCACAGCAGAGCAGCCCAGACCGUCACACGACCACCACCGUGUCUGCCUGCUGCUGGGAUGUUCUCUGGAUGAAACGCUGUUAGUCUGAUGCAGAUGUGACUCAAAGCUUCCAGAAAGUUCAGCUUCUGUCUCGUCAGCCCUCAGAAUAUUAUCAUCCAGAUGUUUGUUGGCAGAUGUGAGACGAGCCUUUGUGAUCUUCUUGGUCAGCAGUGGUUUCUCCUUGGACUCUCCCAUCUUUGCCCCGCCUCUUUCUUAUUGUUGACCUCUGACCUUAUCUGAGCCAGGUGAGUCUGCAGGUCUGCAGAUGUUGUUCUGGGCUCUUCUGUGACCUCCACAGCCUUAGAAAUGUCUCUGUAACCCUCUCAGGCUGAUGAUGUCACUGACUUUGUUCGUCUUCCACGGCGAUGUGAAAGACUCGCUGUCAGUUAUCACAAACAGCUGGUUGCAGUUCUUGUUGCCAACGAUGACAAAACCAGUUAUUAAAUUUAAGAUGCAAUGACAUCACAGGGCAGCGAAGUUUGGAAAGCUUUUGUUCCCCUAAUAAACGAAAUCAACGUGUAAAAACUGCAUUUUGUGUUUGUUCGGGUUAUCUUUGUGAGAUCUCAUAAAGAGCAGAGAUGUUUCAGGCUCACCGAGACAGCGAGGAGCUUCUCUGUUCUUAAACUGAGUCUGAAGUCACAUCCUGACGUUUUUUCCUGUAAACUGUCCUCAUCAAACAAAGAAAAACAGACCCAGUGUUGAGCUCAGUCUGAAUACACUGAAUGACCACAUUUUUUCAUCGAUGGAUUUUCUUUCAUGCCCAAGACAAAGGCAGGCUCCAUCGGCUCAGACUGGACAUCACAUUCCCCACAGCCCGACUCCCAGCAUCAGUACUGGUGCCUGUGUAUAAGCUCAGUGAAGGCGCGCCGUCAUCACAGCUGAACAAAUACUUGUUUUCUGUGUGUUAGACUACGAUCAUUAAAAGAAACCAAAAACUGUCAUAAAAACACAUUUUUGUUCUGUCACAGAUUAAAAAAGCACAUUUAGAGAGUUUGUCCAUCACAGAGACCCUCCCCUCAGGAUGAUACCUGCACAGGUGACCAACGGGCUGUCUUUGCCUGCAAAACACAAAACACUCCACAGCUCUGCUCGCCGGGUCAGUAAAACUUCAGGGCGGGCUGAGCUUCCUAAUCAAUCAAAUGGACUUCCUGUCGCAGCUGUGACAGGAAGUGCUGCUGGCAGGUUGACGUUCUGCCGCGUUGGUCGCAGAUCAGCAUCGUAGGAAUGGAGAAAGGAGAGACGCCGCUUUGUUUUUGAUGUAUUUAAUAGAAAAACAGUCCAAGAAUCAGUGAGCUGAUAAAAAUGGUUUACGUUCCUCUCUGAGCGACACAAAAACAGUUUCAGACGUUUCGUGGUUCAGAAUCCAGACUCACCUGCGUCUGCGGCAAACAGCACAGUCUCUAUUUACAAAAAUAAAAGCAGGUCAGAGAGCGCCACGGCUCAGCUGUGGUCGCUGCUCGGACCCUCUGUGGAGGACGCCGUCUCUGAGUAGAAAACACGAUUUCUUACCAGAAUUAAUCACUCGCUUCAUUUUAAAGCUGCUUCAAAAUAAAACGGACCCGAGCACUUUGGACGGCCUCCGGUCGACUUCUCACAGGUGACUUUACAGGUAAACUUGGAGAAAUCCAGAACUUAAACGGGUCGGGCUUUUAUUUUAGUGUUACUUAUUUUAAUGUUUGGUGGGCCUCAAACGUGCUCCACCCCCACAGCCAGAAAUAA